GUGUAAUCAAGCAGCACUGAUUAGUUCAGUUUCGUUUUUUUAUUCCAGUACUUUGUGUUUCUUGGUUGAUCUUUAUACUUCUAGACGGCAACUAUGGCUUUAUGGUGAAUCCUCGCCCGUUUCCUGUGACGAUUUGAACUCAUUGGAUCAACCAACACCCAGAACAUUUGGGAAGGCCAAGGAACUCAGUGAAGAUCUAAGAAGAAGUAGUGAUGAUAUACACAAGUUGACACAGUCUUCUCUGGAGUGAAAGAGCUGAACUUGAGCAAUCAGAGCUGCAAGUAUGAGGCUGAAGAUGCAGAUGCGGCUCCAGAACCGCAGGUUGCCAACCCGUGCAGUGGGGUUGCGGAGGGUGCUGGAGCCUAUCCCAGCUGUCUUCGAGCGACACGCAGAUAGUCCCGCCCUGCAAAAGGAACGGUGAACUGACUCUCCAGCCAACCAAAAAAAGCAUUUGCAACUGAACGGACUGAACAGACGUGCUCGUGUGUGCAAAACUACUGAAGUCGAGGUUUUUGAGAAAAUUCUAUUUUUGUGAAUUGGCACUAUCCCUAAGUACGAAGACAAAUGAGCCUGGACUCUAUCAGCUGGUGUUUGGGGAUGACUGUGGACUUAUCAUAGACAGCCAAGGAGCCCCAGGAUCCCCUGGCUCAUCACCAGGCAGCAGAUUACCUUCUCCUUUUAAUCUCUUCAUUGUUUACUGACGCACAGAGGGGCGUGCACCGAUAAAAGCUUUGGUAAAGAGCAAGGAGAACACCAUGCUGGUAUCACUGUUCACCGCGUUGCGCACCUUCACCGAACUUAACUUCCAGUCAUCUGCCUUGUUUGAAGGCUCCGAGUCUGUGGAGGCAGAGGGAGGUAGCACAGAGAGCAUAGUGGCGUCCUCCAUCAGCGUCUGUAAGAAGGUCCUGUGCAGCAACAGUGUGUUGGAUUCGUCAGAAUACUGGCUGAGGAAUGACAAAGCUCUGUGUAGACUGGGCCUUCUGGAUGACGACACGGAGGGCAUCUGCACCAUGAUCUGUUUUGUGAAUCUGGAUCCUCAGAAAACAGACUGUUCUGAUGAGAAAAGCAUAAAGAAACUGGCAUCGAUGUCUCCAGACCUGCCGAAGCUUGUUGAAUUACUCACUGUUCACCAGCCUAAAGAAAAUGAAAUCCUCUUCCUCGGUGGCCUUGAAGGAGCAGACACAUGCCAAACUCACCCACCAGCCCCCUCUCAGGGCCUUCAAAUGCAGCAGAGAAGUACAGGCGUGUGCCUAUAUCAGCGUUCGGGGCAGAGACGCUACAUCCAGCCCAACAGAAUCAUCUUUGAGAUUAAUAGGUUCCUGGUAGGUCUGCAGUGGGGAAAGGAACAACGGCAUCAGCAAGGACGAACAACUGGACAACGGCUCGAUGACGACACAAAUCGUUCGGUUUCAUCCAUCGAGGAAGACUUCCUGACAGCCUCGGAACACCUGGGAGACGACAGCGAGGAUGACGGUUUGAGAAACGAUCCUGAAGUUGGUGAUCGUGCAGAGAGCUUGGUGGAUGUUGCACGCAAACAUAGUGCUAGUGUCACAAGUCAGAGGAGACAGCCGGCCCAUAAUCAGAUCCGAGAGGAUACAGAAGUGAAAAGAGAAAUGCAUCAGCGGAUCAGUCAGCAGACAAAGGAAUCGGCCGGUCACUACGCCACUAAUCUGGCAGAGUCAGUGCUGCAAGAUGCCUUCAUCCGGCUCUCUCAAGAUGAAACGUCCUUUGUCUCCGAGGCUGCGGUUAGCGUGUCACGCACUCGAUGUCCGUCCAACGCUGCUCUCUCACAAACAAAACAGUCUUCCCAACAACGCACGUGUUCGUUCGAGCUCCCAAAAAUUGUCAUAGUCCAAAGCCCUGACAGCGGAGAUGGAACAGCAGAGUGGCCAGAGACUCAAGUGUCAAAUGUGUCCGAGCAGGAUGUCCCCACCAAAGAUAAGGAGAUGCCAGAAAAGGAGAAAAAGGCUUACAUUUCUCACCACAAUGGAGGGCACCCAUCCAAGCCCGUAGAGGUGGCUUUGGCCUGUGCUGCCAAUGUUAUUGGAACGAUAACAUCUCCACAGUUAACGGAACAUCUCGCCUUGGAUUCAACUUCAGAAGAAGAAGCGGAGGAAGAGCUUCAGGAACCAGAAGAGAAAGCAGACUACUCCUUCUCCUCAGCUGUGUGUGGCAUAGCCCAGGUUGCCGGUGCCGUGGCAGCCGUGGAGCUUACAGAGAAAUCAGUAGAAGAUGGGGAUUGUGAAGUCUACACCGCGUCUCAGGGUUUGAUAUCUGCUGCCCAAACGUCUGCAGCCUUUACACUACACUGCAGUGUUGCAGAAGGCACCAGUGUUGAAGCGUUUCGUGCAAACAUUGCUGAGGUCCUUCACAGGGAAGCAGCCGAGGUACUGACUUCUCCGCAUGGCUACAAGAGUGUAGCUGACCUCUUGGAGUCCACACAUAACAAAAUAGUUGAUGGCAUCACAUGUCCAAAAAAGUCCUGCACGGACGAAAGAGAAGUGGGCGACUUAAUUAAUGAAGUGGCCGACAGUCUUUUCAAACAUGCUUUAGAAAUAGCAAAAAAGAACAAAGAACUGGAGGGCGCCGAGAAAGAUGCACCAAGCCUCCAGGUUCUUCUGCAGGACAGUGUCAACAGUUUACUGUUUGAAAUUCUUUGCGUGGCACAGAAGAAAAUUAGUCACAUUUCAAAACAGGACAAAGGGCCAUUGGAGACACGACAAGACUACGAUACAUGCGCUAAGGAACAUGCUACCGUAAUGGACAGCAAUGACAUAAGUCAAUUACAGUCCUUAGCUAGUUAUCGGCAAUCCACUAACAGUGCCAAACAUAGCGGGAUGCGUCACAGCACAGAUAGGCUUACCAUGGUUCCUGGACUGAAGUCAACAAAUAUGGCCGCAGAGCGUGAUCUUUGCGUAUCUUGCAACGCAGAGUAUAACAAAGAACAACAGCAGAACUCAUCUUGUGGACAAAGUCAGUCAAAGAGUGCCAUUCAUUCAAAAGACUACCACCAAAACCAACAAGACAACUCCGCCGUCAGAGUGCCUUUGAGUGAAAUCCCAGUUCACGGCGCCGAUAGACGGGGGCGAUCAAUGACAGGAAGCGAAAGCAGACAAGCUUCUCUUACCCCCCAGUCUUCACUCAACUCCUGCAGUUCACUAUUCUCUUGGAGAAUGGACUCAGAGACCAGGACGCCCAUAACGUGCUAUGCUGACGACUUGGCUGCUACGGUGGUGUCAAUGGCCACAGAGCUAGCGGCUAUAUGUCUGGAGAACUCUACUGGGAAACAGCCCUGGUUCUGUGCUCUAAAAGGGACUACCGAAGUCCCGGAGGACUACUUAAUUCCUGCUUGUCGAACGGUACUCAGAAGGAAAGAGGCUCAGAGUAAUAAUGCAUCAUCAAAAAAACAUCGAGCGCCACGCCUCAGCGAGAUAAAAAAGAAAACGGAGGAGCAACCAGAGUUAAUGGAAAGACUGGUUAACCGUGUUGUGGAUGAGUCGGUCAACCCUGAUGAACCACAGGACCCGUUUGCCCUUUUUGCCUCCGAAGUCACUGCCAGGAUCAUGAACUGCCCCGAGCUUAACGUUGUGGACACGUCCAAAACAGGCCAGCCACGAAGCAGAUUGCAGUGUGAGAGGUGGAGCCGCGGGAAGGCAUCAAGUUAUGAAAGCAUUCCAGAAGAAGACGGGGACCCUUCAGGCACACCAAACACCCUGGGGCCUGGCAGUCGUUUAGGUCAGAACCUAAGUCGUGGUAGCUCCAUCUCCAAGCAAUCAAGUUGUGAAAGCAUCACAGAUGAAUUUUCACGGUUCAUGGUCAACCAGAUGGAGACUGAGGGCAGGGGUUUUGACAUUCUUCUGGACUACUAUGCGGGGAAAAAUGCCAGCAACAUUUUGGCUGCAGCUGUACAGCAGGCUGCAACUAAGAAAAACGGUCACCUAAAUGUCAGGUCUACGUCCUGCUUGUCCAAACAAUCGAGCACAGAGAGCAUCACGGAGGAGUUCUACAGGUUUAUGAUUCGGGACAUGGAUAAGGAAAACAAAGAGCACGGCAUUGCUAAGACUAAAGAGUGGAGCAACAGCUUGUUUCCUCCAUCUCCCCGGACACCCUUUUGUAUACGACAGUCCUCGGUCCCUGACAGGCGCUCUUCAGAUUCAAGACUGACGGUUAACUCACCCAUUAAAGCCAAUUCAUUUGAUGGAUUUGCCCGAAAUGCACAUGGAGACACAUUAAAUAUCUAUCCGAGUAACUCUGUGUCAGCGACAGGACUAUGUAAGUCAGACUCGUGCCUCUAUCAAAGAGGCAAGACCGACCAGAUCACUGAUAUGCUUAUUCACGAGACCUGGUCCAGCUCUAUCGAGUCCUUGAUGCGGAAGAACAAGAUCAUUGCGGAUCCGGAGGAUGACCUGGAAGCUGCAGGCGACUCCCAGCCUCAUGUGCAGCAGUUUGCUAAUCGCCUGGCAGCCGACAUCGUCGAUAUCGGCAAAUCAUCUGCUGGAAUUCAGCAGGAUGCGUCGGGAGGAUCACAGAAACACAAACCCGUUGGGGAGAGAAGGAUGGGGUUCAAACAGUCCCAUUUAAAUUGUGGUAGUAAUGAACAAACGGCAUCGGGGAUGAGUGAUAGCGGUACGCCCCGCAGAAGAGGUCACAGGGAUGUGCCAGUGAUCCAUAUUGAGGGGGAUAAGAAGGACGAUGAGGCUUCCUUAAGUCUUGAAAAGAGAGAUGGACCUCCAGAACGAGCAGUAGAAAUUCCAACGACCAAGCAGACUGAGAGGAUUACAGCGAAUGGCAGCAGUGAAAGGGACAGGCCAGCUGCGGCGGCACUAGCGAAGAGGAACAAGCGUUCCACGAGCGCUAGCAGCGAGGAGAGCACGGGGAGCUGGUCCCAUGUAAACACGGAAGACGACCCCCCCGAGGAGACCAGUAGCUUUAUCCAGCUGAGUGAGGGAAAUGGAACCAGCAGUGGGUCAAGUCUGGGCCUGGCAGACGGAGAUGCUUUUCCUGAUGUGCCGUCUCAUAGCGCCGUAAUUGGUGAAGCAUCAGACAAAACCAAUCAAGCUACAACCAAGAAGAGCAACUUUCAAAGCAGCUCAUGUAAGACGGCAGCAGCCGGAGGAGGCGGCCAUGCCAGGGACCUCCUGGUGGUAAACUGCGAACUCGAAGCUGAAUAUGCGGACUCGGAGGUGACGGUGGCUCUGCAGUUGAUCGCUGCAUCCGAGCUGGGCCUUCCAGCUCUUUACUUCAAGAAGUCUAAAGAGAAGAGGAUUGCCAAGGUCCAGAAGGUGGUCCAUCUGAUGUCUCAGAAGUCGUGGCGGAUUUCGGACUUGUUCGGCGCCGUGGUUCACUUCUGUAAGCUUCACGAGGAAGACCAGCGUGAGGACAAAUCUCUGUCCAGCCUGUUUGAUUGGCUGUUGGAGACCCUGUGAAGCAGAUGAGUUUCCUCACUCACGUUUGCAUGCUCACUCUCUCUCUCGCUAACACUCUUCUCAUCGCCGUGUGUCCUCUUCUAACGCCGAGAGCACAAUGAGAUCCGCCAUCUUGGCACAAUGCUCCUCAUCUCUCACUUUUGCCUCACGCCGUCUACGGAAGUUGUACAGUAUUUCCUGUCACCGCUUCAUCAAAGUGCGUGUUGUUUCACCGUUUUAGCAGAUAGGACAUUCCUAUUGGAAGUAAACAAGCCAUUUAACAAAUACAGUCGGCAGGUUUUAACUGCUCCAGAGUGUAAAGAUAUCCGCUAUAAAUAGUACUCACAAUCCCAAAUGAUGUAUUCAUAUGUUUAUUAUGAAAGUACGCAUAGGAAAUAGAACAUCAGGUGCGGUAGUUGAUUAUAUUUGUUGUAUUCAUUGACUGAUAAAAACACCCUUGUUGUCACCUUAAGAAUCUGAUCACGUCACUCCAGAUAAUAUUUGACAUUGUUGUCUUGUACAGUACACACAUAUGUAUGUGUGUGUAUGCGUGUUUAUACAUAUAAUAUAUACACAGUGGUAUGAAAAAUUUGGGCACCGCUGAUAAUUGUCAAAAUAUUCCUUUAUAAAUCACCGCUUGUUGUGAUCAUACGUAUAUCAUAUAACAGAUGAACACUGAUAGAUGAGAAGUGAAAUAAAGUUCAUAGCAGGGGUCUCAAACAUGAGGCCCGCGAGCCAAAUGCGGCCCGCAGGACACUAGUUUGAGGCCCCCGCCUUGAUAUGAAAGUUUAAUGUUUGAUACGGACGCUGUAUGGUAUCAUGUACCCAGAAAAAAUUAUUACGUUUGAUUAAUGUUAAAGGUUAAAUAACUGUUAAUAGUUAUCCUCCCUAUCCGUGUGGAAGUGGUAAGUUUUUGGCUAUUUAAGUUUAAAGGAAAUAACUUGAAGGCUACCGUUUAGGUCGCUAGCUCUCUAGUUUGCGAGUUAGCAUGUGUCUCAAGACAGUUGCAGUUGCGCAAUAUGUUGUAAAUAAAAAGAGUAUAAAUGUGACUAUAGUCGUGUUUUGUCAUGUCUACAGGGCUCUAAUAAUGCUUUGUUCAUUUUAAUCUGAAAAAAAUAAUUUGUCUACCCACCAACUAUAUGUGGUUUCUUAAGUUUGUAUUAUUUGCCGUUUUAUUAUUAUUAUUAUAUUUAUUUAUUACUGAUUGAUUGAUUUUCUUUAUUAUUGAUUUAUUUAUUUUUAAUCUUAUUUUGUGCUGAUCCCAACAAUCAGUGAUUUAUAAAGGAAAAUCUUGAAAAUUAUCAGGGGUGGCCAAAAUUGUCAUACCACUGUGACACAUAUACACACACACACACAGACACUUUGGACCUGCUGCACGGUGGAGUAACGGACGGAGUAAGAUUUGUAAUGUUGAAUUUGUACGUGAAUUCAGUGUGUUUCUUUCUCUGCUUUGAGGUUCUCUUGUGUUACAUUUGGCAUUGGAAAGAGAAGCACACGAUUCAGCUGUCAAGUGUCAUCGUAUUACUGAAUGUAUUUAUCUUUUGACAUCAAUAAAAAUUCUGUGAUGUGAGAUAUA